AUGGCCAGGGCAGUAGCGGCUGUCGUCUCUGGUAAAAUGGGAUACAAGUUGGCUGCUAGAACAUUUCACAUCCCACGUUCUACACUGCAGAGACGCGCUAGUAAGAUCCGCUACCAGCAACCUGAUGACCCUAAACCGUUAAUGGGCCAUUACAGAAGAGUUUUCACAGAUAGUCAGGAAAAAGAUUUAGUUGGCUAUAUCAAGAGCAUGGAGAAGUAUUUCAUGGGGGUCUCCAGACGUGAUAUUCGAGAAUUGGCCUUUCAGUAUGCUGAAGACAACAACCUAAAUCAUCCUUUUGAUGUAAACGCUAGGAUGGCUGGCGAAGAUUGGGUCAGGAACUUUUUGAAACGAAACCCAGAACUGCUAGACAAGUCUGAUCCGGAGUGUGGCUUGGAGCCUGUGAACUUUGAUCAGUUCUAUCAUUUUAUGUGUCAACUGUCAUGA